CAGUCCUCAUUCUUGACAACCACAUCAUAUACUAAAUACUAAGUUUGAAUUCCAGCCUUCAACAUGAACAGCGCUCCAUUUGAAAUCAUUGAGGAGAUCGCUUCUCACCUUCCCUUUCCCGAUCUUCUCAACCUCUCACUCGUUGAUCGUCGAUCCGCAUCCUGUUGCAGCCGGUUUAUCUUCCAUCAUAUCGCUACUUUGAACACGACAUCUUGCCUAUCGGAAUUCGAGAAACUUGUCAGCUCCAGAGAUCUUUCUUCGCGGGAGCUUUCGAUAUACCAUGGCACAUGGCCGACAUGUUCCCGUGAUGACUGGGAAACCCACCCUUUGCAAGUUGUCGAUGCGCAUCACAGCAUCUUCUCAACCAACGACAAACGCGCCUCUAGUGACGAGCUGGCGCAACGAGCCUUCGAUGCGUACUAUAGCUUCAUUAAAGAGGAGCGCUUGCGCGACAGCGACCACGACCGAGCGCAACUUGAAAGAAUUCUUUGGCAUUUACCACGCAUAGAGCAGAUCACCAUCUCGUCUCUGAUCCGUAAAAGGCUCGGGAGACUCGGGAGAGCAAAGCUUUCUGAAAUGCGACACAAGAUUCGUAUGUCACCUACCAUUUUCGAUUCUGCUGGCAGCCUAGUUGAGAGCUUGUUCUGCAUCUUACCGAAAUUUGGGAACAUCCGUUCAAUACAUUGAAAGCAAACUUUUAGACUUUCCGCCUCCAUGUCAGCUUGAAGGAAUCAGGGAGCUCAAAAUUAGCGCCUUGUCUCUCACAGCGUCAAAGGCCCGCUCGUUUACGGAAUUCAUGAGAUCCUUUCCGAAUCUAGAGAAGCUAUCAGUGUCUCCAUACCGUCACCUUAGUCUGGUCUUCCCUCUCGAAGAUAUAGACCAUGAGAAGCUGUGGAUUGUGAAGAUCUCAGGCUUCUGGGUGUCUAAAUUCAAUUUUAUAGACUUUGUAAGGAGGCAUCCUCAGAUAAAGAAACUCGUUUUAGAAGAGGUCAUGCUGUCAGAUAGUAGCUGGGUAUCUGUUUUAUCCACUCUUAAGCAGGCACAUGGCGUCAUAGAGCUUAAAAAAUGUCAGU